UGCGCAACUGAGACCGCGAUUUUCCCGCCAAGAUAAAAGCUCAAUGAAAACUACGUUUUGUAGUAAAUAAAGGAGCGUUUCGUUGAUAUCACUCUUGGGAGAAAUAUCGUGCCAAAAAUUUGAAAGUCAGAUUUCAUUUAACAGCUUCCACAAAGAUUAGUCAAGAAGAACGGUUUAAUAAGGCGUGUUCUGAAAGUUUCCGCGCUUAAUUUCAUGGUAAACUUCAACGUGUAACUAAGAGAUGGCGAAAUCGAAAGCUCGAGUGUUUUGGCAAUUUUUCGUCUUGUUUAUCGUCGUAACAACGAACGAUAUGGUUUUCGGACGAAGGGAUUUUGGAUGUUCCUCUGACGAGUACGAAUGCAGCAAAACUCAAACGUGCACUCGACUGAAAUGGAGAUGUGACGGAGAAGACGAUUGCUUUGACGGAGAAGAUGAACUCAAUUGUCCACCGACCACAUGUAGGCCGGGUUAUUUCAAAUGUAGAAAUGGAAGGUGUAUUGAAAAUUCCUGGGUGUGUGAUCGACACCAUGAUUGUCCUGACAAAGAUGAUGAGGCGCCCAUACAACAAUGUGCAAGAACAACCUGCAGCCCAAACGAUUUUCAAUGUCGCAAUGGGGAUUGUAUCCAAGGAUCAUAUCGCUGUGAUCGUGAACAUGAUUGCGAGGAUGAAAGCGAUGAGGAUGGUUGUCCAGAACUCGUCUGUGAAUCGACUGAGAUGAAGUGCGCCAACAAUUUGACGUGCAUAUCACAUAAUCGAAAGUGCAACGGUGUCUAUGACUGCGUCGAUCAAAGCGAUGAAAACGAUUGCCCCGCCACGUGUAACGCUGCAACAGAAUUCACAUGUGAUGACGGCGACUGCUUCCCGAAAUCUUUCCGCUGCGAUCGCGACAGGGACUGCACGGACGGCUCGGACGAGGCGGGAUGCCCUACUAGACCCACCUCAGCUCCCUGCCCGAAUCACAGGUUUCAGUGUAACGAUGGCGAAUGCAUCCCGGCAACGUGGCAGUGCGACGGGACCCCCGACUGCAACGAUCACUCGGAUGAAAAUAGUUGCCCUCCCACGUGCACCAGCACGCAGUUUACAUGUGUCCGAUCAGGGAAGUGUAUUUUCCUGCAUUCUAAAUGCGACGGUAUCGCGGAUUGUUCGGACAAAUCCGACGAAGCUAACUGUGAAAGUCAAACGUCUUGCGAUGAAGUCAACGGUUUAUAUCGCUGCGAGUCUUCUUAUUACUGUAUCAAUGAAAGUCAAUUAUGCAAUGGUUUGAGGGAGUGCCCCCGUGGCGAUGACGAGGCGACAAACUGUGGAAUAAACGAAUGUGCGGAUCAUAAUGGACACUGUGUUCACAACUGCACAGAUUUUCCCAUCGGCUACAAAUGCUCUUGUAAAAAAGGUUACAAAUUGGCCAACGAUAAAAGAUCGUGCGAUGACGUGAACGAGUGCGACGGGGUGUAUGGCUCAUGUAGUCAGACGUGCCUGAACCUAAAAGGAAGCUUUAGAUGCGGUUGUGUUGAAGGUUAUCUUCUAUCAGCGGCUACAGGAACGUGUAGAGCAAAAGGUCCGCAUGCGUAUCUUGCUUUUGGUGGCGAACACGCCAUUCAUAACUUAACCACAUCAGGGAACCACUAUGGCAGUAUAGUUUCGAAUCGUAAAGCGCCAAUCGCAGUUGAUUAUGAUCUCAAAAAUGGAUACGUUUACUGGAGUGAUAUUCUUGAUGAGAAGAUCGAACGGACUCGUCUUUCCGGAGAUGGAACUGUUGAGACCGUGGUUGACAAAUUAGUACAUUCGAACGGUCUUGCUAUUGAUUGGGUUGGAAGGAAGUUAUAUUGGACGGACGAGACCUCGAAAUCGAUCGAGGUUUCCGAGCUGGACGGAAGAAAUCGCUUGACCUUGUUCGAAGAAAACUUGGAGGCACCGCGUGGUGUAGGAUUGGAUCCAUUUCUACGAUAUAUCUUUUGGACCGAUUGGAGUGUUGUCCACCCUAAGAUUGAGCGAGCGAGUAUGGAUGGUGAAUCCCGCAAGAUAGUUCUUGACGCCAACCUUGAAUGGCCUACAGCCUUGACAGUAGAUACCAUCGUGAAGAGGUUGUUCUUUGCGGAAACGAAAUUGCAGCGAAUUGAAUCGAUUACAUACGAUGGCUUUGAGAGGAGAACUAUUAUUUCAAAGGGACUUGUCCACCCUUUAGGUUUGGCGGUAUUUGAGGAUCAUUUGUACUACACCGAUUAUUCGCUUAAUAAGAUCUUUACCGUGGAUAGAAGAAGUGGGAAACGACUCGGGAUACUGAAGGAUAAUGUGAAAAGGCCCACAGGGAUUAGCGUUGUUCACCCGGUCAAGCAGAAAAAAGUUGCCACCAAAUGCAAUAUCCAAAACGGUGGAUGCUCUCAUCUUUGCCUUUUAUCAAGUAAUUCCUCGAGGAACUUCACCUGCCGCUGUCCAACGGGGAUGGUGUUGCGCGAUGACGGAAAGUCUUGUUCGCCCUCAGGUAACCAAACCUCUGAGAUCACACCUGCACUGAAUACUAAAAAGCCAGAAUCUACUGCGCAGAGUCCUCGCGGGACAAAAGGUCAGACCAACGCCAAAGGAACAACGGAAAACAAAGGCCCGCUGGCGAAGAAACAUGAAGGCUCGUCCGGGAAAUCUGGACCAUUGAUAGCUGGAGUGACUGUAGCUGUUAUAGUGGGCAUAUUUCUGCUUGUUGGCGCCGUGCUGUACUGGCGAAGACGAGCUAGAAUGACGGACAGAAGCAUUCUCUUUUACAAAGAUAGCUCAACGACUCCACUUCAAAACGAUUUUGAUGAGGAUUUAAUAAAAAGCCACGAGGACAUUCCUGGAAAUUCGCGUGUCCAAUUUACGUAAUGUUGUGAAUAGAGUUUAGUUAAGACAAAUGCAACCAAUGUUUGCUAACUCCCUUGCUUGUGUCUAACACCUCGAACGAAUCAACUUACGUUUUGUAAAUAUUAAAUCUACAUUUUGCUUCGACAAGGGCAACUAUAAGGUCCAGGCAAACAAAAAGAAAUUGUUUUUCUCUAAGAUAUAGGAUAUUCUCCUUUAUUUAUUCGUUUUGUCCUUUUGUAUUUUACUCUUUAAGAGUAUAAACUGCGCUGAGAACGUCUUACCGAGGUUAAAGCAAUAAAGGAACUAACUAGAAAAGCCUUUUUCAUGUUGUCUUGGCAAACAUUGACAAAGGUGGUUUUCAUACUGCUUGGCUUCAGUUGGUCUUCCCGAAACAGACAUAUAAAUUUGUUUUCAAGAUGAUAAGCCUUUUUUUUCCGAUGUUUUUUUCUGGCAAGAGUGGAAAACUUAUUCAGAAAGUCGGCCAUUUGUUUUCUUAUAGUUUUUCCCGAGGCUAAAAGAAAACUACGAAAUAUCGCGAGGGGGAGGGGUGUGAAGAAAGCGUAAUUAAA